AUACAAAUGUAUUGGAUAUAUUUGUAUUAAUGUCAUCAUUUUGUUUAUGUUGUUUAUUGUAAAAAGUAUCGCUGAUUCAUUUUUGUGGUUUUUAUUUUUGGAGGUAGUUUUGGUACCUAUACAAUGGAUAAUGAAUUUUUUGAUAUUUCGACGAGUUUAAGACUGCAACUCGGAUAUGGAAUUGGCCAUAUAUUGAACGAUGUAUGUGCUAGUUUAUGGUUUACGUACUUCUUAGUAUUUUUUCACCUUGUGCUUGAAUUUACUGCCUCUCAAGCUGGAUAUUUAAUGUUGAUUGGACAAGUGGUCGAUGCUGUAUCCACCCCUUUUAUUGGAUACCAUUCCGAUCACACAAAUAAUUCUGUAAGUGCAUGGUAUGGCAGAAGAAAGCUUUGGCAUUUGUUUGGUUCAGCAUGUGUACUUAUGUCUUUUCCAUUUAUAUUCUCUCAAUGUAUUGGAUGUUCAUUAACACAUAAGUGGGCUCAGAUGUAUUAUUAUGCAUCAUUUAUUUUAAUAUUUCAAAUUGGAUGGGCAGCUGUACAAAUAUCACACUUGAGCUUAAUACCAGAACUAGCUGAAGAUCCGCAUGUCCGUACUCAUCUUACAGCAAUAAGAUACGGAUUUACUGUUUUCUCAAACUUGUUUGUGUAUCUUAUAACAUGGGCCAUUUUACAUUUCACUGGACAAUGUGACAAGGAGCAAGUUGGUCCUGGAGAUGCCUGGAAAUUUAAACAGAUAAUGUUAAUUGUUCUAAGCAUUGGAACAUUGGCAACUAUACUAUUUCACUUCAGUAUAACAGAAAAACAAGCUAGAUAUGCAAUAGCAGACAACACUCAAAAUGCAACAUUUCACUGCAGCAUUUUUAAAAAAUGGUUGUUAUAUCAGGUAGCUGGUGUUUAUAUGUGUACAAGGCUUGUUGUGAAUGUUUCUCAAGUAUUGAUUCCCUUAUAUUUGCACCGCACUUUGGGAUUAGCUGCUCGUUCUCUUGCUGUAGUGCCGUUGGCAAUGUACCUCGGGAGUCUCGCCGCUGCCGGCGUGCAGAGGUUGGCGCCAAGAUCAAUCACUAGAAAACUAUGCUAUUUUAUCGGAUCCGCAUUUUCCCUUUGUGGUUUUGUGUGGAUUUACUUUGACACUGACUAUAAUUUUAAAGUCUAUUUCAUUUAUAUUGUUGCUGUUUUAAUAGGAUUUGGUGGUGCACAAAUGUUGGUGACCAGCCUCUCUUUAACAGCUGACCUAGUUGGCGAAAAUACACAAGGAUCUGCUUUUGUAUAUGGUUUAAUGAGUUUUACAGAUAAGCUCUCUUGUGGAAUAGCAAUAGCUUUGAUACAGCUAUAUGCCGACCAGUCUGGUGCAAUGUAUUACCGUUAUGCAUUGUCGAUAGUUUGCGGUGCAGCAUGUUUACUAGGGCUAUGUUUCACAGUUUGCCUACCUAAAUUAACUCACAAUACAUUAAUAGUUACGAAUGAUGGAUCAAUAAAUGCCUCAGAUCAAGAAGUAGUACCAUCUGGGCCAGAGAUAUAAUAACUUAUUGUGUUUGAUCAAAUAAAACGAGUUUGGUAGACCUUAGGAGGUCUGCUAAAGGCUCCGAAUUUAACUAAUUUUAGCAAAGAAGCCCUCGAAACUUAUUAGCAACUAGUAUAUUUUUAUAUUAUUUAAAUAUAUUUUGUAUUAAUUAAGGUUUAAGAAAUCUUAUUAAUCUUAUUUUCUAUUUUGAUAGUAUGAACAUGUGAUAUUAUGAAAAUACAUACCUAUUUUUCUA